CAUAUUUUCUAGGGCAAGAACUCACGAUUGUCAGCAUUUUUAUCAUUCUCAAAUCAGUAGGCCUACUACUACCUAAUUCAACUGUCAACAGUUCAUAUUCAAUUUGGACUUUAGUUCGACUCAGUGAUCUGAAUUGGAGACUACACUCAUUCACAGCGAUCUAGUUGGCUCUUUAUCAAGAAGGGUACCUGUCUUAUUUCUCUUCUCUUCAAUUAUCAAAUCCACUCAUCAUGAUUCCAAAAAUGGUAACACACAUUCUGAUAUGGCUGCUAGCUGCCAGCCUGAGUCGAACUCACGAAGAGGUGGAUGUGCCACUCACUCAGAUCUAUGGAGGACCGCCAUCUGGAUCAGGAGUAGGCCUUUACCCUUAUCCUGGAGUGAAAUCGAUCGGAGGAUGCUCAUACCCACCAGGGGUCUCUGCAGGACACAACGUCAUUGGACCAUAUGGAGGAGGAAUCCACCCCAACUAUCCACCUCAUGGAGGUGUUAUUGGUGAGGUGAUGGUUCCUGUCAAUCAACAAUACCCAUUUCCAUACUAUUCCCAGCCAGGAGCUUCCCAAUACAUCAAUGGACCUAAUAUUCAGUAUGGCACAAAUACUCAACAUACAGGAGGUCCAUACCAUAUACCGCCUUGUACUAAAACAUUGUUGGAAACAAACACUGAUGCUGAUAAAUCCCGUGCAGCUCUCUCACAAACCGACUUCAUCCAACCGGCUUUCAGGGUGGCUGAUGAGCAAGUUCAAAAUCCUGCAGAAAGUAUGCUAGGCGGACUUUAUCUUGCUCCAUACAAAUCUAAUUGUGAUAAUAACGCUGGUAGGAGUAAUGAUAACGAAGAUACAGUUCCUUUACAACUAUUUGAGACCAGAUCGUCCGCAGAUUCCGGCCCUAUUUUGACAGCAGUUCCUCUUCACUUUAAUCAUGGUUUGAAUAAUUAUUUCCACAAGUUCGGUUUCACAAAACCAUUGCCUAAAGGUGGCUUGAUUUAUUCGAACACUUUCUCCAACCACCUCCACAGUAACUUCCAUUAAUCACAUCCAGAAAAUUUAGAAGUUCGUUUUUGACAAGAUUGGCGAGUUUCCUCACACUUUUUUCAAGCCGACAAUUUAUUAUUUGAGUUCGAUGUCGAAAUUUUGAGUGUCCCAAUUUAAAAGCUGGAGGAAUAGUUUUGUAUUAUAGUAGAAAGUUUCAUAGGCCUAUAAAAAGACGACCUGAGCUAUUGCCAGAAACUGGAAUAUGAUUAGCCUAUGCUUACAUUUUUGUAAUUUCCUAAAAACUGUAAUUUUUGUGAUGUGAUCUUACUGAUUGAUGUUGAUAGUAUUGCUACAAUACAUUUUUCUCAAUAAUUUUUACAUUUUCCCAAAUAGCUCUUUUCUAAUCAAUUUCCGCUCUUUCAGGUUUUUGAUUGUCUCUUUGUUAUAAGUUUAUGCUUUUCUCAACUAACACUUUUUCUAUCUUAAUGGAACAGAAAUUCUCAUGACAUAUAAUUAACGUGUGAAUUUGUUAUUGAAUAAACUAUUGAUUUUUAAUAAUUAUGAUGAUAAACAUGACAAUACUGUACCACACUAGCAUCAUGACCAAUAAAUGUAUUUGUUUUCAAAUAA